CCUCUGAUUGUUGAAGUGCAAGUGAAUUAUGCAAGCAGGGGUUUCUAUCUCCAUAAAAUGCAUCAUCCUGUCUAUAUUUUACCUGAGACGGCACACGCAAGCUUUUGUACAACCUCCCACUGACUUCAAACUUGGUCGCCAUGGAGACCCCCUUUAAAAGCAGCUGAUGAACUGGUUUGAUUGUAUUGGUCUCUCAUGUCUCUUUUGUGCAACUGGGUUAUUAUGUGGCGAUGAUACACAGUACUCAUGUCAGCGUUUGGUUUGUUUAGACUAUAAGAGCCUGUGCUUGUUGGAUAAUUGAUGCUUUAGAUGACAUGGGCUAGAUGGUCCUGAGGAGACGCCGUAAAUCAGCUCUGGAAGUUCUGACUUCAUUUUCGCAGAAGGUGGUAGUGGCUAUUAGCAUGUCCGAAGCUCAGACUGACAUCAGCGGAAACGGAUUUAACGUUCGAGUCCCUACUGCAAAGUACACCAAAGUUGGCGAGACUCUGAGGCACGUCAUUCCUGGACAUAUGCAGUGUUCAAUGGCGUGCGGUGGUCGGGCUUGCAAAUAUGAAAACCCAUCUCGCUGGAGCAAUGAAGAACAAGCCAUCAAGGGACUGUACUCGUCCUGGAUAACCGAUAAUCUUUUAGCCAUGGCGAGGCCUUCCACUGAAAUCAUCGAAAGAUUCAACAUCAUUGAACAAUUCCAGACGUGUGGCUUAAAGACUGUAAUAAACUUGCAACGUCCAGGGGAACAUGCCAGCUGCGGCAGCACCCUUGAGCCAGAGAGCGGUUUCACUUAUCGCCCGGAGGUUUUCAUGGAAGCAGGGAUUUACUUCUACAACUUUGGAUGGAAGGAUUAUGGGGUGGCAUCCUUGACUACUAUCCUUGACAUGGUGAAAGUUAUGUCAUUUGCCAUGCAAGAGGGAAAAAUGGCCGUUCACUGCCAUGCUGGACUUGGCAGGACAGGUGUUUUAAUAGCGUGCUUCUUAGUAUUCACAUGCCGGAUGAGUGCAGAUCAGGCUAUUCUGUUCGUCCGAGCUAAACGGCCAAAUUCCAUCCAGACUCGUGGCCAACUGUUGUGUGUGCGAGAAUUCGCCCAGUUUCUUGUGCCACUGCGAAGUGUGUUCUCGUGUGCCGAGCCCAAAGCUCACGCGGUCACGUUGUCGCAAUACUUGACUCGUCAGCGCCAUAUGCUACACGGAUAUGAAGCGAGGCAAAUGAAGAACAUGCCAAAGAUCGUCCAUCUGGUCUGCAGGCUCCUACUGGACAUAGCAGAGAACCGACAAACUGUGGAAGAGGAGGUGUUGGAGAUUCCAGACCUUACGGAGGAAGUAAAGAAGACGGUCUCCCUGCAAGCCAUCCAACAGUUGGGGAAAGAGAUGAGAGGGAAGGGGAUUCCAGUCUCCUCACCUCGGUCUCCUGAACAACCCAACUUUCCUCUUAAAGUACCAUGUGCUUCAUUUCAUGACCAGGAGUUUAAUUUGCUUUGGAGAUCGGCAACAGUGGACAAUACCGAAAAGUCUCAACUCGCCUUAAGAAAAUAUCUUAGCUAUAGUGAUUCAGCCUUGCACAAACUGGACUUCAGGAUUCAAGGAAUGCCAUGUCCCCAAAAUUCUCUUGGAAGCAAAUUUGGUUUAGAUCUUUCUGAACGCUACAUAUCACAGAGCAGAUUAUCCGCACAAACCCCUGAUUUUCAACCAUUUGAACCGCCAUUGACCAAUGAAAGCAAAAGCAAUCCCAACCAUGACUCUUUAACCAGUACUUCCCUGGUACAAUCCGAAAAAGCUCAAAGUCCAAAACCCUGCUCUCCUAUCACCAAAAAACGGACAGCUAUGAAGGAGGCAAAGCGCAGCAUGUCUUAUGGAUUUUUAUGGAGGACCACCACGGACAACAGUACAAAGUGGACCACAGAACUUGAUGGAAAUGUUCAAACAUGUCAAGAUGUCAAUGAACAAUUUACUAAUGCUCCCAUGUUAACACUUCAAAAUGAACUCACACCUGAGACUCGCCAUCUGUUUGUGGCCAAAGCUCUUACAAUGGACAUACAAGGAGAGGAACUUGGGAAUACAGUCUCAGUGUGGCAGACAGAGCUGAACUCUCGUGAAGGUGCAUGGGAGAGGUUGUGCAGCGAGAGAGAUCCUGUAGUGCUAUCCAUUCUCAUGUGGUCCUGGCUAGAGCAGUUAAAGGAACCCGUUAUCACAAAAGAUGAUGUUGAGACUUUGGCUGAAAGGAGAUGCAAUCCCCAACAUGCUCUGAAUUCACUUGACAAGGGACAAAAUCAAACUCUUCUGUGUAUUCUUGACUGUGCUGCUCAUUUGCUUAAUAUACCAGAUGAUGUUGAGGAUGCCUUUGUUGAACGUACAAUCAAAGCAUUAACUUGGAUUUCCUCUGAUUCAGAGAAUGAGCAGUUCAUCUAUAAGACUUUAAAAGAAGUUGUGAUCCAAAUCCUCAAUGAUCUGAGGGCAAAAGCAAUGGAGGAGCUGACCUAUCACUGUCCACAUAUACCCUGAUCGGUAUACCAAGAAACACUGAAUCUGUAUAGCACUCAGAUGCAAAACACUCUAAGGGGGCAUGCACACCAAAGCUUUUACGCCCGCGGCCGGCACAUGUUUUCAAUUGUUUCCAAUGGAAGCUCUGCAUUUUUUUAAAUAAGCCAUCAGCUAGCGGUUUUCUUACACGCUGAAAACCGGCGCUGAGCGCCGAGAGUUGAAAAAUAUUCAACUUUAAGUGAAAAGCUCCGCUCGUCAAUGUCAGUUCUCACACGGCCGUCCAAUCACGGCGAAGGAGGGGCGGGACAUUACCACAGCAACCAACCGGCUCACAGCUAUAGUAUCACAGCUACCAAAGCGCUCAGCUGAAGAAAGCUGGCACUCAGCUGAAAAACAGCUGGCAUUCAGCAUCCUCCAGGCGUUUUCAGCCGCGUUUAAAGUUUUGGUGUGCACAACCCCUAAGUGCAUCUGACAUGUUUUCUUGUAAAUAAGCUUUUUUUAUCUUUAAGGAUUCUGACAACAAGCCGUUAUUUCUGAAUGGCUUGUGGCCGGGAUUAAGUUGGUUUGAAGCUAAUGUAUUUGAUGAGCAUAUAAUGCGUGCCGAGAGCAAUCGGUUAAUAUCAUUUAUCUAAGAAAUCUGCUUUUUCAUUUUGCCUUUGUCAUGACAACUUUUUCAAGUAAUGUUUUUACACUUUUUUACGAGACAAAACUAAUUACUGCCAUACACGUGCCACACAAUGUUUUGUUAGGCUAUUUUUCUAAUUUGUUCUUAAUAUUUAUUUUUUGUACACAUGCUAUUUAUUAGCUUACUGAUAAAAAAUAUUUAUUGGAAAGUAUUUAUUUAUUUAUUUUUUUAUUUUAAUGUUUUUGUUGGCUGUAAUAAAUAUGAUUUUCAUAGUAUUUAGUCAUCAUAUACUGUAGUUUAAAAGAUGUACCUCCUUUUUGGCUGAACCAAAUACCAUCACUGUGCAACCAUGAAACCAUGUUUAUUUGCUUUAUUGAAGAAAGCAAAUAUCAGAUUUGUUAACUAUUGCCUUUGCAAUAUAAAAUAGUGUCUGUACAAUAGAAGGGCAACUGAAUGCUUUUAUUCUUAAUGCAAUGCAGUUUACAGAGACAGCUCAGCAUGGCCUUGAUGACAAUGCAAUUCCUAUUGAAUUGAAGCAAAAUACUGCCCUUUAGUCAGGCUUUUGCAAGAUGCUCUCUGCAUUUUAUCGCCAUUAUUAGUAACUAAGCUGCUUCUUUUUUUAUGUAUGUUAAAGAUAAACGUAUAAACCGUUAUCAUUUUGUGUUUUAACAAUGUAGUGUAACACUGUAGUGUUUAGAAAUUCGACUGACCUCAUUUGUCAACUAAUAUGCUUACAUUGUCUUUUUAGGUAAAUGCCAAGUAGCCAACAGUAAAUGUUUAUUCAUUUUGUCUGUUAAAGAAUUGGGUGAUGUUAUCUUGUCAGAUGUAAAAGAGAUUAAUGUGGAUUUUUAAAAGCACUUUUUAUUUCAAGUCACUAAAAUAUUCAUGUUGUCUUUUGUGUUAUUUUUUUACAUUGAUUUACAUUUGCUUGCAUUAAACAAGUUUCAUUAUUUUAUACUAUUAAAACGAGUGUGUGUUUGAUUUAUAAUGGUAAUUCAAUUU